AUGUCCCCCAAAGAACCAACCUCAACCCUCUACGCCACCACCUUCCCCAUCCUCACCAGCAUCCUCAAAACCCUCCUCCACCUCCUCCGCACCGCCGAACGCACCCACUCCAACCCAUCUUCCCUCCUGCUCAACUCCCGCCUCCAUGCUACAAUGUACCCCCUCACAGACCAAAUCCGCAUCGCGACAACCUUCUCCGUCCGUCUUUUCGCCCGUCUCACCAACCACCCGGAGGCAGACACUCUCCCCACAACCCUACUUCCAGAGGGUAACCCGCAAACCUUUGCGGAGUGCUACGAGCGCAUUGACAAAGUGCUGGAGCUUCUGAAAGAUGCGGAUAAUGAUGCUACGAAGGAGGUGGUGAAUGCCAAUGCCGAGACGGUGAAGCCUGCGCCCAUGGGGCCCGGGGUCGAGGUGGAUGUUACGAAUGCGUUGUAUGCGCAUACCAUGGUCCUGCCGAAUAUUUAUUUUCAUUUGAAUACUGCGUAUGGGAUUAUUAGGAUGGAGGGGGUGGAGAUUGGGAAGAGGGAUUUGUAUGUUGGGUUUGGGGAGUUGUGGCGGUAG